GUGCCAAGUUCAUAGGUGGCAGCAACAAGUGUGCAUAAUAAAGACGAACUUUCAACUCCCUUGUCUUUACAGCUUCUCUGCAGGACAGUCGAGGCAUUCUAUUCGCCUGUAUAACAGAUUUCAUCGCGUUAUUUGUUCAAACCGCUACAGGAAUGAGUGAGGAUCAGUUUGACGUAGUUGUAGUCGGCGCGGGACUCUCCGGCCUCAGCGCAGCUCGCAGGCUGCAAAAGAGAAACCCUCAACUCAGCGUCCUGGUUCUGGAGGCCAGAGACCGUGUCGGAGGACGUACUGUAAGUAAACAACUGCCAGCUGCGAAUGGCGUUGACCAGUGGGACAUGGGGGGACAGUGGGUGUCCAGCUCGCAGACCCAUGUCAUGGAACUUAUCCGAGAGCUUGGUUUGGAGGUCUUCCCACAAUACACUGAGGGCAAGAAGGUGCAUCACGUGGGUGGUCCGCAUGCCAAAAUCAAAACGUACACCUCUAGCAUGCCGUCAUACUCCCCACUGGCCCUGCUGGACUUCACCCAGGUUAUGUGGCGGAUUAACCAUCUUACUCAGAACAUAUCAGUUGAAGACCCAAUGAGUUCUGCUAACGCUGAGCUGUAUGAUGGCAUGACGCUUCACACCUUCAUGGAAAAAUACAUCUGGACCACACAGGUGAAAGAGGAGCUGGCUUUGUGUAGCCGAAUCGUUUUCGGCUUGGAACCCUCUCAGAUCUCCUUCCUGUAUUUUCUGAUGUACUCCGCUACAGCAGGGGGCACCCUACGACUCCUGGAGACCACACCUGGCUCGGGCCAGGAGUUAAGGGUCAAGGGGGGCACUCAGCAGCUGUCGGAGAAGCUAGUGGAGCAGAUCGGCAAAGAACGGGUUCGGCUUGGCGCCGCCGUAAUGACCAUAUGUCAGAAUUCAGAGAACAUAAAAGUUACAACUUCUGCAGACACGGUCUUUUGUAAAGCUGUCAUUGUUGCGUGUCCUUCUCACUUGGCAGCCCAGAUCCGUUACGAGCCUGCCCUGCCAGUGGAGCGUCAGCACCUCACCCAGUGCCUGCCCAUUGGCCACAUGACAAAGUUUAUCGUCACUUACCCCACUGCCUUUUGGAAGCAGAGAGGUUUCUCGGGGGAAAUCGUGGUGCGUCCCUCUGAGGACUGUCCUUUAAGCGUCACAUUUGAUGCCACCAGCCCCAGAGGCAGUCCUGCGCUGGUGGGGUUCAUCACUGGAGUACAGGCCCGUGACUGGUGCGACAAAGAGAUGGAGGAGAGAAGAGAUGCUGUGAUCUCCAGCCUGGUGAAGUACCUUGGUCCGGAGGCGUCCACCUACAUUCACUACGAAGAAAAGGACUGGGCAAAAGAAGAGUGGAGUGGAGGCUGUCCUGUGAAUGUAAUGACCCCUGGGAUGCUAACAUAUUACCACCCGAGUCUUCGAAAGCCCUUCGGCAGGAUUCAUUGGGCCGGCACAGAGACGGCCACCCAAUGGUGUGGAUACAUUAAUGGAGCAAUUCAGGCCGGUCAGCGGGCAGGUAUGGAGGUCCUGGCUCAGAUGUGCCCUUCUUCUCUGUCCCAGGAGGAACUGGACGCAGUACGAGCUUCCCUGAAACGCAGUGACCCAAGAAAGGAUUCAAAGUGUUCAUCGUCUAAGUGUUAUUACCUCUUUGGGGUGGUAAUGACAGCGGCUGCUCUGGUGACAGCCUACCUUUUGGCCAAACCAGAACGGGGAUUUGAAUGGUUUUAAAAUAAUUAUCAGCAGCACUUAGCCAUUGUGCCUUAAAAUGCACAGCUAAAAUAACAGUAAUUUACAGAUUCAUGUCAAACUGACACAUUUUACAUUUCCUUACAAUGCAUUUCUGAAUGAAACAGAAUUUUCAAAUGGACAAAAGAGUGGGAUUUUAUUGGUAUAAUGAAAAGUUGCAUACCAGAAUAGAGCCAGAUGGUUGGUGGGAAGGUGAAAUAAGAGGGCUUGGAGAUGUCAGCCAAAGAGGAAAGAAGCAUUUCAGAUGCACAGCAAGUUUGAGCUGAACGUUUACGCAGACAUUAUUAUAAUAAUUAUUAUAAUCAUAUUAUAAUCAUAUUAUUAUAAUUAUUAUAAUCACUUGUUGUAUCUUGGACUUAAUAAGGAAGCUGACUUGUGACAUUUAAAUAUUUGAUUUUCUAAUUUGCUUUUAGAAUUGUAAAUAUAUGCGUUAUGUGAAGGGAAUAUGAAACAUCAAAGCGAAGAAGUGAAGCAAACACACAGUGAGCUACGUUAAACUCUUCCUUUCAACUCCAUGAGAAUCUAUUGUUUUUAGAAAAAUAUAGCACGUUGGGCACUCAUUAUUGUCAAGGACUUUUUGAACAUGUCAAAUGAGUUUAAUGGCUCUCAUUAUGCAUAGAGGCACAAUGCCACAUCAUUUUAGUUAAUAACAAUAAUAUGGUCAGUGAAAAUGUGUCCAACUAUAAUAGACCAGACAUUUAAUCUGAAACCAACAUUAUUGAAUGUUUUAACAUAGAAUAUUUAAUAUCCCAGAAACAGUAUCAUUAUACAAUAUCAACAUUAAUAAGUCUUGACACUAAUAUUCACUCUGUAUACUCACUUAUCACAUUUUGGGUACUGCAUGUUC